AUGGAGAUCAUGCCCGCUGAUGGGGAAGUGCCCCUCUUGGUUCGAUUCUUCUCGGCACAAUACCCUCCCAUGCAGGACCGCUUGCUGUUGGAAUGCGAUGCCAGGUCACUACUCAUGCUCGCCAAGACAAGCAAAGCCCUCCAACGCGAGAUUUUGAGCUUGUGGGACAUUAACCGCAGUCUCAGCCGAUUCUUUGACGACCCUGUUGCCUUCCGCAAUGCUAUGGGCCAAUUUGAUGCCAUUAUUGCCGGGAGCUUUGCCGUUCAGUUCUUUGAGCACGUCUCUUGGCCCUACACCAACCUCGAUAUUCUAGUUCGCGACGAAUCGGGUUUGGAGUCAAUGCAUGAGUACCUAGUUGGCUCGGCCAAUUACGAGUUCUGGAACGGUUUUACUCCGAUCGGCGUGGCUCUCGAGCUUGGCCACAGCUCUGAAGGCUUGCGCGAUGUCUUGGAUUGCCGCUGGUAUACCCGCCACAGCAGGCGCGACUGGAUCCAAUUGAUCGCGACCAAGGGCACACCCUCGAGAUUCUUGUUCAGAAACAACCAGCUUUCAUGCAAUAUCAAUUGCAUUACGUCUACAAAGGCUUACUCGCUCUUUCCUCAUGCAACAUUUGUCGAUCACAAGAUGAUUGCCACCAAGGCGUUCUUUUUCGACCAGGAUACCACGGAUAUCGUGAAGUGGGAAGAGCGAGGUUGGGUGCUGGAAGACGAUGUACUCGAAGACCGCAGAGGCGAGUUCAACACGACCUUGGUUGAUGGCUGUAGAUCCACUCGCCGCAUCGGAGACAAGUACACCUGGACCAUGUCGCUAGAUCCAGAGGGUCUGACAAUGCCCCAGACUUGCGACCAGGCCUUUGAGGCCAACACAUUUGCAAUCAGUAAACCCGAAAUUUUUGGCAUAGGACCUCUUAAGAACUGCUUUAUACGAGCUAUUGGCGUUGAUCAAGAUCACCUACGUCACACGUUUACGUGCAGCCAUCCCUUGGAGUACGACUUCUUUAGGCACUUGAAGAAGGGCGUCUGGGAUACCAUCAGACAACUCGAUCCUCAUAUUCAUCAGUUGAUGAGUGCACAAGAACGGGACCUGCAGGAGCCCGCCGAGGGUGCCUUCAAGGAUGACGGUGACCUUGUCUACCAGUUCAUUUGCCACAGAGUCAAUCAAGCUCAAUCCGAGGAGCAUGAUGGCGAAUACCGAUUUGGCGCCAAUGUUGGUGGUCGUUACGACGUCAUGGAAUCCGAUCACGAAGGUGGCUUGUAUGAUGAUUUCUUUGGCGAUCGCAGUGGAGACGACGAUUUUGAGAAUGGAAACGGCUUUGGCGAUGACGGAGAUGAUGACAGUGAUGUUGACAUGGAGAUCGUCCUGAGAAUCGACCUCGAAUCCAUUCUCCGUGACAAACACGAUCUUGAGAAGGAUGAACCCAUCAGCAAGCGUCUUAGGAGCUCGGUAUCAAAUAAUCCCUAG